UUCAAUAAACUUCAGGAACAACUAACAUUUUUUGUAGCUUGGAUUUUUAAAGUAUGACAUUGACCAAUUGAUAAUACUCUCAGUAAGGCUCUUGUCUAACUCUCUGGCGUAGAGAGGUCAGGCAAGGCCAAAUUCAACCAUCCAUAAUCUCUGUCAAGUUAGCGUCCCGCUGUUCAGAGCAGAUCCAUAACAGUGAAGUCUGGAUGCAAAACAUAUUUGAUUCCCAUUUAACAAGCAAUCAUAAUGGGGUGGGAGUAAGUCUCGAUACUUGCGCCACAACAAUGUUAGUAGCAUGAUACAGCAAUUCUGUGAUACUCAAUAUUGACAGCUAUUGGCUAUUUUUUUCCCUUUCAGUUUUCUUCACUUGCAUAUGGUUUUACUGAAAAUAUUAUAACGCUAGCAUAGGUCUAUCGUUAAUGUAGGCCUAUCAAAAGCAACAGCCGAUGUGAUAUUUCCAUAGUCAAUACCCCCCUAAAUUAAGAAAACUAUGCAUGUCAAAUCAGCCAAGUACAUCAUACUGCACAAGCAAUCCAAUAUACUGAAAUGAAGAGAAAGAAUUUAACCACAAAUGACUUGGCCAGAAGAGCAGUAGAGGCUGUCUUAGACUAUGUGACGUCAUCACUAUGCGUCUCAGGCGUGAAGAGCCUGUUUUUUGAAGUCAACGACAGCAACUCGACGGACUAAGGAUGCCUCUCCCACCGGCUUUACUAGCCCGUCUUGCAAAGAGAGGGAUCUUGAAACAGUCAGAGCAUGACGCUGAGGAGGAGAUCAUUGCUGAGGAUUACGAUGACAACGAUGUAGAUUAUGAGGCCACCAGAAUAGAGAAUUUACCCACAAACUGGUACAAAGUGUUUGACCCUGAUUGUGGUCUGCCGUACUACUGGAAUGUGGAAACAGACCUAGUGUCCUGGCUUUCUCCAAAUGAGCCAGGAGCUCUUAUAACCAAAGCUGUAAAGAAGCAGAGAGUGGAUGCUGGAGACGGCAAAGUGGAGAAACACGUUGAGAAGAUUGACAGGGAGCGGGAACGAGACUGGGACCGGGAGAGAGACAGAGAAAGAGAGCGCGAGAGAGAGCGGGAACGAGAAAGAGAAAGAGAGGAUAGAGGAGACCGAGACCGCGACAGACGGCUGCAGCGGAGAGAAGAUGCCGCUCCAUACAACAAACCAAAACGAGGGGGGAGAGAUCGUAAACCAGAGGAGAUGGAUCCUAUGGAUCCCAGCGCCUACUCGGACGCCCCAAGGGGCACGUGGUCCACUGGCCUGCCCAAGCGCAACGAGGCAAAGACGGGUGCGGACACCACCGCAGCAGGGCCCCUCUUCCAGCAGCGACCGUACCCGAGUCCCGGAGCCGUUCUACGGGCCAACGCCGAGCUCACCAAACGGGACUCUGACUAACCGCAUAAAUACCGAUAUGCACGGAGAGAGAGAGAGAGUCAGCAGCCUGGACAACACCUUCACCUGUUCUCAACAUUUCCUCUGCAUCAGAUCCUCCUGAUCAACUGUGAAGCCUAAACGGAGAGCUACAAAUGCCCCUGUAGAUAUGCAUGUGUGAAUGUUCAGUAUGUCAAGCUGCAAGCAAUGACUUUAAAGGAUACAGGCAUAAAUUAGGUCCUUUGGAGCUCACGUUGUAAUUUAAGUGUACCGCACCAGCUUGUGUGGCAAAGUAAGGACAAACUCCUUAGCCUCAUUACGUCGUCAUAGCUGUUCUAAUUUGGAAUGUGAUGGGGAAAUAGUUUUGAUAAUUCAAUCAUUUCCACCCCCGCGUAAGGUAAGCCUUUUCAUAAUUCAUGCAUAUCAAUUCAAUGCAAACGACACAUAUAAUAUGUAUGUUGCCUUAUCUGUGGCAUAUGGUGUGAGGCCGCAGCCUAUUUCCAUCCUGCUCUGUUCUGGCGUUCUGUUCUGUGGGGCUGGGACUGCUGCUCUAGGCUGAGCAUCUGUGCCGUAGAGAGCAGCUUGUCCUCUGCUGGCUUGAAGGUCUUUUGUUUUGCUUGUGUCAGCUGGCGAGGCCCGUGCAGCACUCCUGAUUGAAUUAACUAUGCUGUUCAGGUCACCUGGUUUUCUCCCCUCAAUGUGGGUGGUCAGGGGCUUUUUGUACAUACAUUUUCACUUUUCCUAUUAAAAAGAAAGAAGGUUGGAUGUUUUAA